UGAAAAGCGCUUCCCUCGUGAAUACAGUGGAAGGACACGUCACGUGACAGAUCACGCUUAGUGGGAGGCGGAGGGAGGGUUUAAAACACUGCACCAACAGGUAGUCUCAGAUCAGUCCACUGCAGAGGAGACAACACUGACUUUACACUGACACAGAAUCCAACCCAACUCCUACACUCAUACUUCCAGAUCCUAAUCCCUGCGUGUACAGUCACCAUGUACAUAACCGAGGAGCUGGAGUGCGUGGUGUGUUGUUAUGAAUACUCCCGCAGUGACCGGAUCCCACGCGUCCUGCACUGCAACCACACCUUCUGCGCCGUCUGCCUGGAGACUCUGUCCAGUCUGCAGGGGGUCGUACGCACCGUGUCCUGUCCCCUCUGCCGCUGGAUUACAUGCACCCGGGCCAGCAUGACUCUACCCGGGUCCCUGUGGGUCAACACGGACAUCUGGGACCAGAUCAAAGAGGAGCAGCAGAAGAAGAAGACGGAUGAGGAGGAUUUGGAGGACACCAAAACACACCUGAUCAAGUCAACUCUACCUAAUUCCAAGAAGUCUUCAUUCUUGUCCAAACUCUACAAAAUCUUCAGUUGUGUAAUUCUGCAAAGAGAAGACAUGGACAGCCGGUGAUGACACAUGGACACUGUGUUUCCCCAUCCACGAGCCUGAGGGGACAACUAAACAAAACAAAAAGGACUGGACUGCUGUUCCAUGAAACAGCAGAUCAGUGUGUCUGUGCUUCACCACAUGAUCCUGAGGAUGUGUGUGUGUGUGUGUGUGUGUGUGUGUGUGUGUGUGUGUGUGCUGCACCCAGACAUGAAAAAGACUAUACUGUGAACUGUGUGUGUUACUGCUGUUCAGGUAAUGACAAAGAAACAAACUGCACAACAUCAAGUCUCAGUUAACCCUUUCAUGCAUGAAUUAUGAGAACCUUAGUUGAGCGUUUUUUUCAUGAGUGUUUUUAUUCCUCUUCAGGCAUGA